UGUUCCUGAAUCGGUGAGCGUGAUAGCGGUUUGUCGUCUUUGCUUUAAUAUUUAUUUAUUGUUCAGAGUCUUUACUUUUGUUCGUCCAGUACCUAACGAGCAGCAGUUUAUGGGGAUGUUUCGGACUCGGGUUCGGUUCGUUCCGGGACAAAAAUUUAUUUAAAAAAAUACAUUUUAAAGCAACAUAUGGUUUGUUGUUUUCACUGUAAUUAGGCAGAUAAAGCUGCUGCGUGUCUGUAAAACUGAUUCAUCUUGACUUGAAGUCAGAUUGUUGGUGUUUAGGAAAACUUCCAGUAAUGGACUUAGACAGGAGGAGAGACAGCCGGGGACGAGACUGGGACUGGGACAACCCGCACUGUCGAGCCCAGCUGGAUGAGAUCUUUUUCCGUCAGAAUGACUACAUCCAGGCCGGCAGCCCCGAACACAAAGAGUUCUGGGCUUUUUUUGACCGUUUUCAGAGGUUCAGAACAAAAAGAGACAUGUGUGGAUCCGGGAAAGAGGCCAGAGAAGAGGGGAAGGAAAGAAGGAGGACUGAAGAUCUUGGACUUCCUAAAGAGUACGACGCUCGGUACCGGAUUAAUGUGUCUGUGUGUAGCAGGGACAUCGAGGAGCGGCUGGGGAAGUCGGACCACAGAAACCGGCAGAGAUCCUCAGGACCAGGGUCUCAGGAGAUCUCAGACUGUCGCCUGACUCUGCUGCACUUCCUAGACUUCAGCCAGAAGCAGAGCUUCGGGAAGCUGGCCAAGCUUCGCCGGGAGCAGAAGAACCUGCCCAUCUUUCAGUACCGGGACCGGAUUGUGGAGCUGGUUCGACGACACCCUGUGGUUGUGGUGGCAGGAGACACGGGCUGUGGGAAAUCCACCCAGGUGCCUCAGUACCUCCUCUCGGCCGGCUUCAGCCACAUCGCCUGCACUCAGCCGCGGCGUAUCGCCUGCAUCUCUCUGGCCAAGAGGGUCAGCUUUGAGAGCCUCAAUCAGUUUGGAUCCAAGGUUGGGUACCAGAUCCGCUUUGAGACCACUCGGACCACGGCCACCAAGCUGCUCUUCCUGACCGAGGGUCUCCUGCUGCGACAGAUCCAACAGGAGAAGUCCCUGUCCCAGUACCAGGUGAUGAUUGUGGACGAGGUCCACGAGAGGCACCUCCACUGUGACUUCCUCCUCGGGGUCCUUCGCUCUCUGCUGGAGGACCGCCCGGACCUGCGGCUCAUUCUCAUGUCGGCCACCAUCAACAUCAAACUCUUCUCUGAGUACUUCAACAGCGCUCCUGUGCUGCAGGUCCCAGGCAGGCUGUUCCCCAUUCAGGUGAUUUAUCAACCCAUCCCACCUGAGGAGCAGGCCUCACGCUCAGAGAAACUGGAUCCCAGACCGUACCUUCGCAUCCUGCAGGGCAUCGACCAGCGCUACCCCCCGGAGGAGCGUGGAGACCUGCUCCUCUUCCUCAGCGGCAUGGCGGAGAUCUCCACCAUCCAGGAGGCGUGUCAGGUUUACGCCACGCACACCCGGCGCUGGAUAGUCCUGCCUCUGCACAGCACCCUGUCCCUGGUCCAGCAGGACAAGGUGUUUGAUAUCGCUCCUCCUGGGGUGAGGAAGUGCAUCAUCUCCACCAACAUCGCCGAGACGUCGGUGACGAUCGAUGGAGUUCGCUUCGUUGUGGACUCAGGAAAGGUGAAAGAAAUGAGUUUCGACCCGAAGGCCAAGAUGCAGCGCCUGCAGGAGUUCUGGAUCAGCCGAGCCAGUUCUGAGCAGAGGAAAGGCCGAGCCGGGCGGACGGGUCCGGGCGUCUGUUACCGCCUCUACUCGGAGUCCGACUACAACGCCUUCGCUCCGUACCCCGUCCCUGAGAUCCACAGAGUGGCUCUGGACUCGUUGGUCCUCCAGAUGAAGAGUAUGGCUCUGGGAGAUCCUCUGUCGUUUGUUUUUAUUGAUCCUCCUCCGACUGCCAGCAUCCAGACUGCAGUUACGUACCUGAAGGAGCAGGGGGCGCUAGACGCUCGUAGUGAGCUGACCUCUAUCGGCAGCCUGCUGGCUCAGCUGCCUGUUGAUGUGGUUAUAGGUAAGAUGUUGGUGUUGGGGUCUUUGUUUAACUUGGUGGAGCCCAUGUUGACGGUGGCGGCGGCCCUCAGCGUUCAGUCGCCGUUCCUGCGCAGCUCGCAGCAGAACCCGGACUGCGCCACCGCCCGCCAGCCCCUGCACAGCAACCAGGGAGACCCCUUCACCCUGCUCAACGCCUUCAAUGCCUGGGUGGAGGUGAAAGGAGAACGAGGCGGCGGCUCCAGGAAGUGGUGCAGGAGGCGUGGCCUGGAGGAGCAGCGUCUUUAUGAGAUGGUCAACCUGCGCCGGCAGUUCAAGGACCUGCUGAGGAGCCACGACCUGCUGGAGUCAGAGGAGGCCACGCCCCCUGCUGGAGACCGCCAGCAGCGCAGGGAGAGGCUGACGGAGAGGAGGAAGCUGCAUCAGAUGAAACGGGAUCACGAGGAGCAGGAGGGGAGCAAACGUAAAGUCCUGAGGCUGGAUGAGGGCCAGGACGCAGAUUUGUCCUCAGGAUCGGACACGGAGGACAGAAGACGAGGCAGGAAGGACAAGGAGGGACGGGGACAGGAUGUGGACAUACAGGAAGUGAAGUUUAAGCUGCGUCACAACGUGUCGGCGCUCCAGGAGGCGGUCAGCGUCUGUCAGGACCUGUCUUCACGUCAGCAGGCUCUGCUCAAGCUGCUGAUCUGCCGAGGCCUCUACCCUCAGCUGGCUCUGCCCGACGAGCACAACUCCACCCGCAAAGAGUCCGAGCAGGUGUUUCACACCAGGAAUAAGCAGGGCGUGGUGAUCCACCCCACCAGCGUGUUCGCCAGUGAUCCUGAGGUGUUACACCUGCCUGAGGAGGACGGCAGGGACGCAGGACCUGAUGGGAGGGGCAGCAGCAAACACCAGCUCUUAGCCUUCGUCACUCUGCUGGAGACCAACAAGCCGUAUUUGUCCAACUGCGUCCGGGUUCCGGCCCUGCAGGUUCUGCUGCUGGUCGCCGGCUGCUUGGACACCAAUGCGGACUGCACGCGCCUGGUGGUGGACGGCUGGUUGGAGCUGGAGCUGAAGAGCCCAGAGGAGGCUCUGAGGGUCCUGUCCACGGCCCUGAGCCUCAGGGUGGAGUGGGAGCGCCUGCUGCAGGCCCAGCUGGGACAGAACUCAGCGGGGGAAUCGUCAACCCAGAGGGCGACCCGCAAGGACGUCGAGAAGCUGAGUGAGGGCCUGGUCCGGUUCCUGCUCUACACUGAGGUCACUUACAGCCUUCGGCGGCUCUCAGCUCUCCAGACCCAGAACCUGUACGUUGGUCCUCAGAGCGAGUCGGAUCCGUCUUACUCUGAAGUUCCAAAUCUGAACCCGUUAUUCCCCGGAGCAGAAGCCAAACCGGACCCGAUUAAAGGAGGUCUGCGAGUGACCGGGUUCUUUACCUACAACUGCCUGACUGAUUCGAAGGACCUGUACAGCGAGUGUCUGCGAACUUUCUGGAGCUGUCCGAACUGCGAGCUGUACCUGCCGCUGACUCCUCUGGAGCGGAUGCAUCACGAAGCUUCCUGCAGACCUGCUGGGGAGCAGCAGCAGGAGAACGAGUCGGAGGGAGGAAGAGCGGGCUCCUCAUCCUCUGCCUCCAGCCUGACCAGAGUUUAUCACUGCGACGUCUGCAACGAAGACCUGAAGCUCACCUCCACGGAGAUCCUCAAACACAAACGGCAGCACAUGUAUUCAGCCAAGUAGCCACGUCACCGAGAUCCUCAAACACACAAGACUGUUUAUCACCUGCUGAGGUGGGUUGUUUGUAUCAUGUAACUUUGAGUCAACCCAAUUCAAGAUGGCUGCCACCUUAGCAAACACAUAGAUGACAUAGCUAAACUAACCCCUAAAUAGCUUUAUAAAUUAAAAAUAUCUGACUGUUUUUCAGUGGAACCAUUAUAUUUCAUCAUUUCUCCCCUCUCUGUUUGAUAAAAGAUACACGCACACACACACACACGCACUCACGUGUAAGAGAGGCAAACGGGUUAAAAUAUAGAGUGAGGGUUUAAUAAUGAUACAAACCCACGAUAUGUAACACCUCAAAGCAGCACAUUGGCACAAAGUCAGAAGUAAGACAGCACAAAAGAUAAAAACCUGUCUCCAAAAAAAUAAAGAAUCAGAAUAAAUAUCUCAAUAAAUAAAUAAACAGGUAAUAUCUCAUUAAAUACUUUGAAACUAAUAAAUACAUACAUGUGAAAAUAUGCACACUUGUCAGAAAAUCAAAAACCCAAAAAACCAAAAUUAAAGUACUUAAUACAGAGUUACUCAGAAAUCAUAAGUUAUUGAUUACUCAAAUCAAAAGGCACAUUUAUUGAGAUGUGAGGAUGGGACCUGCAGCUGUGAUCGAGGGACAGUCAGAACCGGACUCUAAACACCACCUCUGGAUCAGAACCAGGAGACGGUGUGCGAUGGCUUUACGGGUUCUGAGGAUCCGCACCGACGGCUCAGGUCUGGUCUGCAGGUUUGUGUUGGGUGGGGGGACGGGGACGUCGUAUCGUACUGACGGCAGUCUGGGAUCCAGCCGCUGAGACUGGGUUUACUUGGUGUUUGUUUGGGCUCUCCUGUCUUUGAGUCACUUUGAACAGAAGUUUUUAACUAAACCUAAAAUAUUCACCACGCAUUUGAGGUCAUGUUGGGGAAGUUUCACCUUUAUUUUAAAGAAACCUGUUAUUGUCAUCUUUAUCGCCCGCCGCUGUACGCACUUUUGAUUAAACUUUAAGUACCCUACAGCCGAUUUACUCUAGAAGUCAAGAUGGCCGCCACAGCUAACUGAUCCUUAAAAAAUACAGAAAUUACACAGAUUUUCACAGGUGAUUAGUUGUGAAAAAAAAACGUGUUUUUGUUUAAAACCUUGUCGUUUACUGUCAAAUCUUUUUGUUAGCAAAAUAUCUCAUGAACCUUUGGAUCUGAGUGAAAUAAUGUUAGGAUGAACGUGUACGACUCGAUUAACCCAAUUCAAGAUGGCCGCCACAGCCGAUUGACCUUCCUCUACACUAGAGUGGCGAUGACUCAAUGAAUUUUACAGAUUUUGAGCUGAAUUUCGGUGUGGGGUCGUACACAAAACAAACUCAGAGAUCAUUAUUUUAAGGUUUGACCAAAGUAAUUUUAAAUCCAUUAUUCUGACACGGGCAGGCGAAAUGCAUUCUUUCAGCAAAUUCUAGGCCGUUUGUUUAAAAUAAGCAACUCUCUAUAUAGUCUUGUAUUUUCUUUUAGGUUUUAAUUCAGUUCUUGAUGUGUUUCAUCAUGUUUUUUUAUCCUUUUUUUUAAUAAACAAAAAUUCGGGUGUUUUCAAAAAUUAGAAUUUGAACACAAACGCACUCUGAAGAUUUUUUUUAUCUGACUGAAACAGUUUUGAGUGAAAUAUUUGCUCAUUGGCCACUUCUUAUAUCCACCUGUUGAGGUUGUUGACAGAAAAAGUAAAUCAGCCAAUCACACGGCAGCAGCUCAGCACAUUCAGUUACGCAGACGACUCGCUGAAGUUCAAACCGAUCAGCAGAACAGCGUAGAUUUAAAUGACUUUAAAUGUCUGUGGAAGAACUGGUUUGUUGCGGCACGCUCAGAUUUAGGUAGGUUGACCACAUGACUCAAGUUUCUGCAUUUAUUUUUUUCGAAUUCUGACUCGUGUUUACGUUAAAUGCAUACCCACAUUUCAGAAUCUGUAAAUCUGGAGUAAACUCUUUCAAACUCCACCGAAGUGCGGGUUAACCUUUUAUAGCUUUGCAUUUAAAUCCUAUGUUAGAUGGAGACAUUUAAUCUAGGCGUGAGGAUCUUUUUUUUUUUUUUAAUCUCGCGAUUUGAUUGUGAUUUUUACGAACUCUGCACACUCUGAAGCUCAGGUCAAGUUGGCUCUUUCUGAACAUUUGGUUAAAAAAAAAAUUAGUCCAAACCUUUUCUUUGAUCGAAGACGGGACCUCUAGUUUAGACACCUAAAUGAUGCCACGUGAUUGGCCGAUUGGCUAUUUGUUUUAAUCAUCAGUUGAAAAUUUAAACCCUGCGACCUCAGAUUUAGAAUUUUAUGACCAUUUUGACUCGUGUUUCAUUUAAAAUAGCAGCUUUUCUUAGUUUUAAAGCAACACUUGACAAACUCAGCUGAGACCAACCUUCUUUUCAAGUGUCUGUUUUCAUCUGGGGGGGGUCAAAGGUCAGCUCAACUUCCUGUUCAUCUUUAACGCCGGUAAAGUUUGAGUUAUUCUCAAACAACUGAUACAAAAAUACUCUUCGACCAUUGCACUUUUUUUCUCUUUUUGGUGUUUUUCUUCCUUUAAAUCCUUCAUGUUGGUUUAGUUCCUCUGGGGUGUGUACUCGGAGGCCUCAGUUUUAUUAAGCACCUUGUCUGAUUCAAAAAAAAAAAAAAAAAACUACAGCGAUGAAUAAGUUUCAUUAUUUAAUAUUAAAAACUUACAGAGACGUGAAAUAUGUGCAAAGUGAGUGUUUACUGAAGAUACGUUCUCUGUUUUGUUUUUUUCCGCAGAAAAUAAGCGUUUGGUUACGACGGAUAACAACGAGACUUUUAAGUCUUAGUGGUUGUCAUUGCAGCGACCCCUUAUCCAUUGUCUCUUUGCAUUUUGUGAAUGUUUCUCCCUAGAAGACAUUACUUGUGGUCUCAGACGCUUUCUUAAAGACUGUGCUCGCUCGUUUCAAACCUCCCUCACCUAUUUAAAUUUUUUUUUUUACUUCCUAAGGUAACAUCUGAGGUAAACUUAGAGGUAAAGGGUGACGUCUGUCCACCUGAUGGACAAACAGGCCAACACAAAAACAAACAACUUCCCCAACAUCUUAUGUCUGUGAGGAUGUGUGUGCCAUUUGGGGAUUCUGUUGAUGUGUUUUACAUUUAAUAAAAUAUACCAAUUAAAAUUAUAACAAUCAUAUAUAUAAACAUCUUUUGUUUUUGUUUUUUAAAUUUUUUGUUCUAAAUAAAAAAACAAAACAGA